AUGACGGAGAUCAGGAGGAAGAUCGAUGAACUCUAUGUGUUCGUGAAGGAUAAGAACAACAUACACAAGGAGGUCAAGCUACUAGCGACGGUCAUCAAAUCUGGCAUAGCGGUGGCAGCUCGGGAACUGCAAGAAUGGAGAAGAACAACCGAAGCGGCCGAAAAGGUUCUGCUUGAGGCCAAGAAGAAUGCAAUGCUGGCUGAAGCGCAGGAGAUGCCGAAGGGACCAACGAAUCCACGUCCGGAGAAAAGAGAUAGGGAAACGCCAGGAGACGAAGAGGAUCCCAAAAACCACAAGGACGACGAAUACGGGGACAAGGAACAAGAAGAUGGCGGAAAGUCGAAAACCAGAAGGAGAAGAGGAAAAAAACUUAAGGAAGAGGAAAAAAGGAAGACGGAACAAAAGAAGAAGGAGGAGAAGGAAAAGAAGAAUGAAGAGUAA